UCGAAUAUGGAUAUGGUUGUUACCCGCCUUCCCUUCACUUACAAAUGAGCACCGUUUUCCACCCCACCAUCGCCGCCUUAUCUCCUCCACCGCUCUCUCACCACCCUCCACUACCACCACCGCACUCUUCUCUUUCUCUCUCUCCCUCCAAACCCAAAACUCCCCUCAGCUUCUCGACCUCUCUCCCCACCCAACCCCUUCUCACUUCUCCACCGCCUCCCACUCCCAAUGCCUCCUCUCUCUUCUCCCAUCUCCUCUCCUUGCUCCGCCUCUCCGCUCGCCACGCCGACGCCGACCUCGCCAGGGCCGUCCAUGCCGCAAUUCUCAAGCGCGAAAACGACACCCAUCUCGGCAACGCGCUUCUCUCAACAUAUCUCAAGUUGCUUCUCGUUCCCGAAGCUUCCAAGGUCUUCGAGAGCCUGCCGUCGCCGAACCUCGUGUCCUUCACCGCCCUGGUUUCCGGUUUCGCCAAGUCGGGGAGAGAACAACAGGCCGUGGAGCUUUUCUGUCGGAUGAGGAGGUCGGGUAUUGAGCCUAAUGAGUAUAGCUUUGUAGCGAUUUUGACUGCUUGCAUUCGGGUUUUCGACAUCGAAUUGGGUCUGCAGGUUCAUGGUUUGGCUGCUAAGAGGGGGUGUUUGGAUUGUGUUUAUGUUUCGAAUGCUUUGAUGAGUUUGUAUGGGAAAUGUGGGUGUUUGGGUUAUGCGCUUAAGGUGUUUGAUGAAAUGCCUCACAGGGAUGUUGCGUCGUGGAAUACUGUUAUGGCGGGUUUAGUGAAUGAGGUUAUGUACGAUGAGGUGUUUGAGUUGUUUUGUGAGAUGGUGAGGAGGGAUGGGUGUGAUUUUGUGGACCACAUCACGCUUUCGACUGUUUUGACUGCUUGUAGUGGUGGUGGUGAUUUCUUGGAAGGACAAGAAGUUCAUGCCUAUGCUGUCAAGACUGGUUUGGAGGGGGACUUGAGUGUCGGCAAUGCACUUAUUGAGUUGUAUGCUGAGUGUGGUAGUGUGAAAGAUGUGGAUACUUUGUUUGAGAGGAUGCCUGCGAGGGAUGCCGUUACGUGGACGGAGAUGAUUACAGCUUACAUGGAUUUCGGGUUGGUGGAGAUGGCUGUGGAGAUGUUUGAUCAGAUGCCGGAGAGGAAUUGUUUUUCUUAUAAUGCUCUGUUGGCUGGCUUCUGUCGGAAUGGUGAAGGGUUGAGGGCGCUGGAUUUGUUUGUGAAAAUGGUGGAGGAGGGUCUGGAGCUGACAGAAUUCACUUUGAGUAGUGUAGUUGGUGCUUGUGGCUUGCUCAUGGACUGCAAAAGUAGUGAGCAAAUUCAUGGGUUUGCUAUCAAGUUUGGUUUUGAUUCAAACGCUUGUAUUGGAUCUGCAUUGCUUUAUAUGUACACAAGGUGUAAUCGAAUGGGAGAUGCAAUGAAAUUGUUCCACCAGUGGCCAACUGUGCAGGAAAAAUCGAUAGUUUUGACUUCAAUCAUAUGUGGGUAUGCUCGAAAUGGGCAACUGGAUGAGGCAAUCUCUAUUUUCCACCGAUAUCAGUCGGAAGGGAUAAUGGUAAUGGAUGAAGUUGCAUCCACUUCACUCCUUGCUCUUUGUGGGACUAUAGGGUAUCAUGAACUGGGGAAACAAAUUCACUCACAUGCUAUCAAGUUUGGUUUUCUAGCUUAUAUAGGGGUAGGAAAUGCCACAAUUAGCAUGUACACUAAGUGCUGGAACAUGGAUGAGGGUCUCAAAAUAUUCAGGAUGAUGCCCACUCACGACAUAGUUUCAUGGAAUGUUUUGCUGGCUGGUUAUCUUCUACAUAGACAGGGUGACGCAGCCUUAGCUGUCUGGGAAAACAUGGAGAAGACUGGCAUAAAACCAGACAAUAUUACCUUCAUUUUGAUCAUUUCAGCACACAGACAUACUAACUCCAAUUCUGUUGACAGUUGUCGAAAUUUGUUUCUCUCCAUGAAAGCAGUUUAUGGAAUUCAGCCCAACUCAGAGCACUUUGCCUCAUUUGUUGGUGUUUUAGGGUACUGGGGUCUGUUGGAUGAAGCUGAGGAUAUCAUCAGAAAGAUGCCCUUUCAGCCUGGGAUUUCUGUUUGGCGAGCUUUGCUUGAUAGCUGUAGGAUCCGCAUGAAUACAACUGUUGGAAAUAGGGUUGUGAAACGUAUACUUGCGAUGGAACCCAAAGAUCCAUCUAGCUACAUACUCGUAUCGAAUCUGUAUUCAUCGUCUGGGAGAUGGCAUUGCUCCGAGAUGGUGAGAGAUGACAUGAGAGAAAAGGGGUUUAGGAAGCACCCAGGUCGAAGUUGGUUCAUUUAUAACAACAAGAUACAUCCAUUCUAUGCAAGAGAUAAAUCCCAUCCUCAGGAAAAAGACAUAUAUAGCGGAUUAGAAAUACUUAUCGUAGAAUGUAUGAAAGCUGGUUACGUUCCAGACACAAGUGUUGUUCUUCAUGAAGUGGAAGAGCAUCAGAAGAAGGAUUUCCUGUACUAUCACAGUGCAAAACUAGCAGCCACCUAUGGGCUUCUGACCAACAAACCAGGACAACCAAUUCGAAUUGUGAAGAAUAUCCUUAUAUGUGCUGAUUGCCAUACUUUCUUGAAGUUCAUGUCCAUUGUAACCAAGAGAGCAAUACAUGUAAGAGAUGCGUCCGGGUUUCACUAUAUUUUAAACGGUCAGUGCUCAUGCAAAGAUUACUGGUGAGCUAUUGCCUCAUAUAUCUCUCAUCAUUACCGAGUUUUCUCAAUAUGGCAACCGCGACUUCAAGAAAGGAUGAGGCUGUGAGCCGGCGGGGAGCAAUAGCGCAAACCCAGACACCGUCUUUUUAUGGACACUUCCCA